GUGAGCUGGUGUGAUUUUGUGUGUGUGCGUGUGUGUGUGUGUGUGUUGCAGUUCUGUGUGCCAGGAAUGGCCACUUGAAGCUGUGUACUGUUGAACAGUGCUGCCUGCAUCGUUCACUCCGCUGUUCUGGAUUUGGGAUGGGAGCAAAGUGAGAUUUAGAUCUUUGGAUCAGCUCUUCAUUUGUGAAUCAACAGGAGGUGUACCUGUGAGCAUCUGAGGCCAUUACCUCAGUCACUUCAUCACAGUCCAUUCAUCCAUAGCAACAGAAUCUCUUGAAGGAACUCAGUAAAAGGCCAGAAUCCAAUCGAGGAGUCCAGGGAGUUUAUCUACGAAAUAGCGGAUCCCAGGCCAACACAUCUUUGUUGUCAUUUCAGAAAGGCCACAGACCCAAGCCGCAGCGAAGGUAGAACGAGGUCCGCUUCAAGGAGACAAAAUGUACAACGGCGGCACGAGUCCAGCGGCCAGGAACGUGGUGCGGAGUUCCAGCAUAAGCGGCGAGAUGUACGAAAUGGAGAAAGCCAACAGCACCCAGAACGAUGCCACCGUGCAGACGGGCAUCAAGAAGAGGAGGUCCAGCCUCGGUGCCAAAAUGGUGGCGAUUGUUGGCCUUUCGCAGUGGAGCAAAAGCACAACUCAACUGAACCAGUCAGAAGUUGGUCCCAAGAAGUUACGCAGCAACAUCCGGAGAAGCACCGAGACCGGGAUCGCUGUGGAAAUGCGGAACCGGGUCACGAGGCAGGGAAGCCGUGAGUCCACAGACGGCAGCACCAACAGCAACAGCUCUGAUGGGAAUUUGGUUUUCCCCACGGCUCGGCUGGGAGCAGACGGACAGUUCAGUGAUUUCUUGGACGGGCUGGGACCAGCACAGCUGGUGGGCCGACAGACACUAGCAACCCCCUCAAUGGGUGAUAUUCACAUUGGUGUGAUUGAUCGCAGCGGGCAGCUGGAAGUGGAGAUUUUCCAGGCUCGAGGACUGAUACCAAAGCCCGGCUCCAAAACCCUGCCAGCUCCCUACAUCAAGGUGUAUCUACUGGAAAAUGGUGUGUGUAUAGCAAAGAGGAAAACCAAGAUUUCUAGGAAGACUGUGGACCCUCUGUAUCAGCAGCCCCUGAUGUUUGAGGAGAGCCCCCAGGGCAAGGUGCUACAGGUAAUAGUCUGGGGCGAUUAUGGUCGAAUGGACCACAAGUAUUUUAUGGGGAUGGCCCAGAUCCACCUGGAGGAACUGGAUCUGUCCAACAUGGUGACCGGCUGGUACAAGCUCUUCCCCACGUCAUCACUGGUGGACUCGACCGUUGCUCCCAUCACUCGCCGUCUCUCACAGUCCUCGCUGGACAGUGCCACGAGUCCCACCUGUCACUAGGCCCCCUCACCCCCACCACACACACACAUACA